AUGCAGUCAAUAUAUGAUGAAUUAAGCAUCGAGAUAUUUAAAUAUAUACAAACACCCAUCAACCUUUUAGUUACAAAUCGUAAAUGGCACAAUAUUUCCCAAGAUCCUCAUGCCCGAGCCGAAUGGUUAAUUUAUAAAUAUGGUAGACCGCAUGCUUUAUUUCACGCUAUAAGGCUCGGCAAUGGCUUCAUAACAAUCAAAGUGAUACAUGCUUUACUUUCGAAAAAUGCGAUACUUUCUAGAUAUUUUAUUCAACGAUUAUUAAUGCAUUUUGGCACUUAUGAUGAAAAACUUAUUAAACUUGAAGUCGAAUAUAAUGCAAAUCAAAUCGAUUUUGAUAAUGCUCUUUUAAAGAAAUUAUUUUCGCCUUGGGGAAAAGUUUUUCAUAUAUUUGGACUUGAAAAUAAGUUAAAUGAAAUUGGCGAUCUUCUAAUGGCUUCAUUUCAAGUAAUUCUUAACGUAUCUAAAUCCGAGAUUGCAAGUUCCUGCCUUAUUCAGGCAAUUAAACCCGAAAGGAAUUUAAAGGAAACGGAUUUGUUGGAAUUUUUAAUUCAAAGAAUUGAUAAUCCUAAAGAAGCAUUAAAAAGUGCAUUAGAUCAUUAUAAAGUUGGAUUCAAGUUUAAUGCCGAAUCGAUUAAAAAAACUAAGGAAAUUAGAUCAUUAACGGUCCAUUCAAAUCUCUAUUCUUGGAUACUUAAAAUUUAUGGUCCUAAUUCUGAAGCAACACAGAAGUGCUUUGAUGACAUUAUUGAGUCAAGAAUUUGGGUAGAUCUAAAAUUACAAGAAACUCCUAAUAGAAAUAUUCCGGAGCAUAUUACAACCAUAUCAUUAAUAUUCAAAUCUUCUAGUACUAAUUCGACGGAAAAUUCUACUAAAAAAGAAGUUAAUAAUAUCAUUACCGCUCAAAAUCAUUCCGAAAAAAAUGAAAUAACAACAAAUAAUGCUUCUUUAAUACAAUUAGUAAGACAACAACGACAGAAACAAUUAGAAGAAACGGUAUUAAUACGUAAGGCUGCUCAUCGAUCACUAACAAGCCAUUACGAACAGGAGCAUUUACCUCUUUCACAAAUUCAAGAAAAAUUAGAAGAAGAAAAUCUUCCUUUGAUACAAGUGCAACAUCAAUUGAAGCAACAAAAGGAUGACUCGAUUAUUUAUACUGCCACAAAAGAAAACCUGAAAUCAUUGUUUUUUAAUCAAAGAACGUCGUACAACUUAUUAACUAGACUGAAAAAAUCUAAACGUACUAUGGCUACUUCUUCUGUUACAGGUACUACUAGGAUUAGUAAUAAUAAUACUAUUGAUAAUUUUGUCGAUAAUAAUGAUAAAGAUGAUAGAGAUAAUAGAGAUUAUGAUGUCUGGGAUGAUGCAGUUAUUGGUCGUAUUAUGAAUUUAAUCGAUACUAUUGGAUUGGAACCUAUUCAAGGAACACAUCAAGAGGUUGGGAGUAAAAACUUCACCUCUUUUGAAAUUUCAUCAGAAAAUGUAACAGAAAAGAAUGGUUCAAAAGGUAAUUCAAAAAGCAAAAAUCCAAUGAAUCUUCAAGAAAAUAGUCAAUGCGAAAUAAAUUUGGACGAAAUUAUUAGCGACAAUGCUAAAUUUUCCUCCAAUGAAUCAGAAGAAAGGGAUAAUGCCGUUACAUCAGUUACAUCUGUCAACACCCUUCAAAAUAAAGAUUCUGGUAAUUUAAUACGUGAUUCUGGUUAUGGUGAAAAAUCUAUGUCAAUAGUUGAUAAUAAAAAACGACAAAGUGGAUUUUUUGGAAAACGUCGAUCAAUUCCUUCAUCGAAUAACGAAAUUACUAAUUCGCAAGAAAAGAAUUCAGUUAAACCAGUUAAACCGUUUUAUCUAACAUUAAGACGAAAUUUAAGUAGAAGAAAAUCGUUAAGACUUAAUAAUAAUAGUGCUAUUGACAUAAUAGAACCCGAAGAAGAUGAAUUUAAUAAUACUAAUUCUCGUAAUAAAUUUUUUACCAUUCCAAAAAGAAUUACUUCUACUCGGCAAUUUAAUAAAUCAUUACAAGCUUUAAGAAAAUCAUGGAAAACAGACCAACAAAAAAAUGAUGACGAUUAUCAAUUUAAAGAAAAUUUAUCUGAUCGUGAAUUAAACCAACUCAUGAAAUCACAACAAAAUAACAAUAGUCAGCAAAAAAGUGAUAUGAAAUAUAUACUUGAUCAAGAAUUAGACAAACCCGCUAGAUACAGCUGUUCCAUCGCUCGCAAUGAUCAG